UGGUAGCAAGAAGUACGACUGCAGAAACGCGUUGGUGGGGAAGUAUGUAUCCUCCACAAGGGACAGCGGGGACGUACCCUGCUAACAAUGUGGGUUCUGUCCAUACGCCAGCCCCUGCUGCUCCUCCUCCUCCUCCUCCUCCGUCCCCUCUUCCCCCUCCCCCUCCGGCUGCGGUAAUAGGACCAUGUUAUAGCUGUGGGGAAUACGGGCACUUUGCGCGAGAUUGCCCGUAUAAGCAGAACCGGAGGAACUGGCAAGGCCAGGGAAGGGGGAGCUAUGGGCAAGGCAACUACGGACAGAGUGCUUACGGGCAACCUAGGAGAAGUGAAGAGGAUGACUGGAUGAGCAGGCUACUAGCCUUUCUAGAGAACCAGCAACUGGAAGCCGCGGAGAAGAAGAAGGCUAAACAGGAGAAGAAGAGGCAGGAAGAGGAGAAGCAGAGGUUAGAAGAAGCAAAGCUGAGAGCGGAAGCAGAGAAACGACGAGCGCAAGCAAUCAUGGAAGCUACGGCAGCGCAGGCUUUUGCCAAGCAGAUGGUGGCUUUGGAAGAAAAGAUCAAAGGUCAUGUGCAGUCAACACUCACAGCGUCUGAAGAGAAGAGUGCGAAAUUGCAUGACAAUCUACAAAGAUUCUUAGAACGAGUAGACAGUGAGGAGCCGAAGAGACCCAGAAUUGAUGCCUAUCCAAGUACGAGGAGGAGACUUGAACUGGAUGACUACGAACGGGAAGCAGACACUGAGGGGACGGAUGCCGCCACACCAGUCACCAAGAAGAGGACAGUGAUGGCAAGGAAGGCCAAGGAACCGAUGGUGGUGGAAGAGAAGAAGAAAGGUGCGGUAGCAUCGAGCUCCAGGGCGGGAGUAAUUGAAUUUGUUCUUGAACUGCAUGAGAGUAUGCAGACAAAGCAGGCACCGGAACUCAAGCAAAUGUGCAAAAGGAGUACCAUCAGGUGGGUAUCGAAGGCGCAGGCGAUCAAGGACCUGGUGGUGGCAGAAACGAGACUUGCAUACGACGGGUGGCUUACGGGGGCAGAAAGUGAUGAAAGCAAGAAAGAAGACGGGAGGUCGGGAGUGGAUACGGCACCACACGCUAAUUGACGGCGUGCCCCCCCAGUGCGGUAUUUGUGGAGCGAGCCCCUAAAUUAUAUGGAGCUCCGAUA